AAAACAAUCUACAUGUUCAUAUAUUUAACUGACAAUAAAGACUUAACUAGAGGAUAACAGGUUAUCUAAACAACUAGGAACGAUGAUUCUAAGAGUCUUGAAGAGAAAUUUCUCAUCCAGAAGUCCAUUAAUUUUAGGCAUAGAAUCGUCUUGUGAUGACACAGGAGCAGCAGUUUUAAGAGGAAGAACACUAAUUUCAGAAUGUCUAGCUUCACAGAUGAGAAGUCAUCUCAGUUUUGGUGGGAUAAUACCACCUGUAGCACAAGACUUUCAUAGAAGUAACAUCGAUGAUGUUGUGACAAAAUGUCUCGAAAAUGCCAAAAUUGAACCAAAGGAACUGGAUGCUAUUGCAUUCACAAAUAGACCUGGAUUAGCUUUAAGUCUGUUAGUUGGAAUAAGAUAUGCUAGACAUAUGUCAAGAAAGUAUAACAAGCCACUUAUUCCAAUUCAUCACAUGCACGCGCAUGCUUUGACACCAAGAAUGGAAAAUGAGGAUAUAAAGUUCCCAUUUAUGUGCCUACUUAUUUCUGGUGGACAUUGUUUGCUGUCUUAUGUUAAGGAUAUUGAUAAUUUCUUGUUAUUAGGCGAAAGUAUUGACGAUGCACCGGGUGAGUGCCUUGAUAAAAUUGCAAGACGACUAAAAUUAACAAAUCUGAGGCAAUUCAGCAAUAAGAAUGGAGGACAAUCUAUAGAAGAAGCUGCAAAGAUGUGUACGGAACCGACAGAUAAAUAUCAUUUUCCAUUAAUGCUGAAAUACUAUCGAGACUGUCAAUUUAGCUUCGCUGGCUUAAAAAAUACAGCAUUAAGGUCAAUCAGGAAUGAAGAGAGGAAAUUAAGUUUAGAUGUUGAUGAAGUACUUCCUGACUAUCCAGACUUCUGUGCCAAUGUAUUAGGAGCAUUAACACGUCAUUUAUGUCACAGAACACAACGAGCUAUAGAAUUUUGUGAAGGACAACAUUGGUUCGAUAAUGUCCAAGACAGACGAUUAAUAAUAUCAGGCGGUGUAGCAUGUAAUGACUUUAUAUAUACAGCACUAAGUCAAAUGUGUGAGAGUUUAAAUUUUAAAGCUAUUAGACCAUCAAAGAAGCUAUGUAUGGACAAUGGAAUUAUGGUUGGAUGGAAUGGCGUUGAGAAAUUUGAGAGGAACUUGGACAUUUGUCCACCUAGUAAAAUAGAUGAUUUAGACUUUUUUGCCAAAAGUGCAUUAGGCGAUAGUUUUAUUGAUAAAGUUAAGGAACAGAAUAUAUCAUGUAACUGGAUUAAAAUACCAAUAUUAAAGCCUUUUACUAGACCUUAAUAAAAUUAAUUGUAAAUAUUUAAAUCCAAUGAUUUAUGUUAGAAGCGUAGAUUGGAGCCAAGAGCACAGUUAGGAAUUUGAGAUGGGGUAAUGAUUUUUUUUUGUUUGGAAACAUUUAGAGGGGGAGGGGGAGGGGAGGCACUCAAGAAAUUGUUAUAUCAAUUUUAAUUUCACAACAUUUUGAAAUUGAAAUUUAUUUUUAACCAAUUUGAUAGACGUAAAAUGACUGUCAUUUUAAAAUUUGUGACAAAAACCUUUCAAUUGAGAAUAUUUUGAGGAGUUACA